GAAUGUUCGGGUGACGACGAUGGACGCGGAGCUGGAAUUCGCCAUCCAGCCGACGACAACGGGCAAGCAGCUGUUUGACCAAGUUGUCAAGACGAUCGGUCUCCGCGAAAUCUGGUUCUUUGGACUCCAGUAUACGGACACAAAGGGCGACCUCACCUGGAUUAAACUUUACAAGAAGGUGAUGCAACAGGACGUCAAGAAAGAGAACCCACUACAGUUCAAAUUCCGCGCCAAAUUCUACCCAGAGGAUGUAGCCGACGAGCUUAUACAAGAGAUCACACUCAAGCUGUUCUAUCUUCAGGUGAAAAACGCUAUCCUCUCGGAUGAAAUCUACUGUCCCCCAGAAACGUCGGUGCUGCUAGCGUCGUACGCAGUGCAAGCGAGGCAUGGGGACCAUAAUCCGUCCAUCCACGGCCAGGGAUUCCUCGCCAACGACCGCUUAUUACCGCAGCGUGUCACAGACCAACAUAAGAUGUCGCGCGACGAGUGGGAGCAGAGCAUCACGAACUGGUGGCAGGAGCACCGCGGCAUGCUGCGCGAGGACGCCAUGAUGGAGUACCUGAAGAUCGCGCAGGACCUCGAGAUGUACGGCGUCAACUAUUUCGAGAUCAAGAACAAGAAGGGCACGCAGCUCUGGCUCGGCGUCGACGCUCUGGGACUCAACAUUUACGAGAAAGAUGACAAACUGACUCCCAAAAUUGGAUUCCCCUGGUCGGAGAUUCGCAACAUUUCGUUCAAUGAUCGCAAAUUUGUUAUCAAGCCGAUCGACAAGAAGGCGCCGGAUUUCGUCUUUUUCGCUCCCCGCCUGCGCAUCAACAAGCGUAUUUUGGCCCUGUGCAUGGGCAACCACGAGCUGUACAUGCGCCGACGCAAGCCGGACACGAUCGAAGUCCAGCAGAUGAAGGCGCAGGCGCGCGAGGAGAAGCUCGCCAAGCAGGCGCAGAGAGAGAAGUUGCAACUGGAGAUAGCGGCCCGCGAGCGCGCUGAGAAGAAGCAGCAGGAGUACGAGGACAGGCUGCGGCAGAUGCAAGAGGAGAUGGAGCGCUCACAGGCGAACUUGAUGGAGGCGCAAGACAUGAUCCGGCGGCUGGAGGAGCAGCUGCGACUGCUGCAGGCCGCCAAGGAGGACCUCGAGCAGCGCCAGAACGAGUUGCAGGCGAUGAUGCAGCGCCUCGAGGAGACCAAGAACAUGGAAGCGGCGGAGCGCGCCAAGCUGGAGGAGGAGAUCCGCACCAAGCAGGAGGAGGUGUCGCGCAUCCAGCAGGAGGUCGAGAUCAAGGACUCGGAGACGCGCCGCCUGCAGGAGGAGGUCGAGGAGGCACGCCGCAAGCAGGACGAGGCGGCGGCGGCGCUGGCGGCGGCGACGACGCCGCAGCACCACCACGUGGCGGAGGGCGGCGCGGCGGAGGCGGAGGCGGAGGCGGAGGCGGAGGCGGACGGCUCGGACGGCGGGUCGGACGCGGGCGGCGGCGAGCUGGCGCGCGCGCCCGACGACCUGGUCGACCCCGUCACCGACCGCCGCACGCUGGCGCAGCGCAGCGAGCGCCUGCACAACCAGCUCAAGGCACUGAAACAAGACCUCGCGCAGUCGCGGGACGAAACGAAAGAAACGGCCAUGGACAAGAUCCACCGCGAGAACGUGCGCCAGGGCCGCGACAAAUACAAGACGCUGCGCGAAAUACGCAAGGGCAACACCAAGCGGCGCGUCGACCAGUUCGAGAACAUGUAACCGGCCGCGGCGCCCGCCGUCGUCCCUGCACUACCACCUGCGGCCCCAGCGCCGGCCUCCAGCCGCACGGGGCCUGCGCUCCCCGUUCCAAACGUUCGAGACCGAUGAGCGAAUAAUUUAUGCAAUUAUAGUCUAUAGUGGGAAACGUUCGAUGCACACGACCCGACCUCACUCGGUAUCAAGUGCCAAAACUACUUUAAUUCUAUUAAAACAAAAAAAAAAAUGUUUUCAUUCCCCUUCACACUUGACUGCGUUGUUAAUUUUAUUGGUUGAUGUAGUGUUGUUUAGUUGUACUACCGUCGGUCUGUGUGCAUCUGACGCUAGUGUAAAGUUGAUGGUCGGUUUGUAACGUUCCUGCCGCGCGGCGCUGACAUCGGACUCGUGGCGUCACAGUCGGGACUAUAAAUGUACAUAUUGAUUAUUACUUAAUAGUAAUUUUAUUUUAGACCAUAAUGUGCUAUAUAUCCUACAUUAUAGUUGAUGAAUCAUGUCUUACUAUAACUUAUACAUAUAAUAAUAAAAUAAUUCAUUGAAAUCGGCACACGACGGACUUGUUUUUAUUAUUAAUAUUUAUUUUUUAAGUGUUCGGGAUUAUAUUGUUUAACUGCACGUUGUAACUUCGAGUAGGUAUGUACUUGGUUCGAGUCGUUGAGUUGCUGCGUGUUUGUCCAGUAACAUUUACAUUGGUUCGGUCGUUUUGUCUGUUUAUUAUUGUAGCGGUACGUGUCGUGCCGUGUCCGAUCGGACGCUGCAGCAUUGCUGGCUGCCGACUCGCCGAUAGUGUCCGACACCCAUAAUGUUGAUAAUUAAAUAUUACGUGGUUGCUCAAGAGAACAAAUAAAAUGAUUCGAUAAACAUAAUGUCCGAAGUGUCUUGUCUGAACGUAAAGUGAGGUGAAAGGGAGGGGACGUCGCGUCGCCCCUUAUUUAUUUUUAUAAUCAUUUAUAUUUUAGAUAUAGAAGUUAAAGCUUGGUAAGAUGAUCGAUGUGUAAAUUAAUACUGAUAUUAUGUUACUUAGCAUAUUGUGUAUAUCGUGUAGCCGGCACGAUCGAUGCCGCAGACAUUUUUAACAUUGUUCCACGUCGGCCUACAUACGUGUCCUAUCCCCGUUUGUUUUCUAAACAAGUUUCCAAAUAACAUGCGAAGUAUAUAACUGUAUGCGUACUAGGAGGAGUAUAAUUGUAUUUUGUAAGUGAACAAAAGGCAUUCCAUAUUACAAUGAGGUGGCGUUAACUUGGUUUAAUUGAAAAUUGAAAAAAAAAAAAUACAAUAACAUUUGUCGUGUUUUGUUUUAAACAUAGUGCCAUCCGUUGCAUGUCCCCGGUCGGUUCGGCGCUCGUUCGCGACCCACUGACCGCUCGUCGGCAUUCGUUCAAUGUCGGCGCGAGCGCGGCCAGUGGAAGCAUCGCGAACAAUCGCCCGAACUAAGAGCAUUCAGCUUUUUGUCUUGUCAUUAUUUUCUAAAAUUAUACAAUACCAUGUUGCCUUUCAAUUUAGAAAAUGAUUUUUUUUUCAAUAAAACGUUUAAUUAAAUAUCAAA